AGUGAGGGGAGCUGGAUCCCAGGACCCUGAGCUCAUGACCUGAGCCGAAGGCAGAUGCUUAACGGACUGAGCCUCCAGGUGUCCGAACUCAUUUAAUUUUAGCACAACCCUGAAAGGUGAAUGUCAGUGUUUCUGUGGUUGGCAGAGAUUAAAAGAAGAGUCCCAAUGCAUAGCCCGAGGUCUUUCCUCUCCAGGUUGGGUCCCCUCUCCAAACCAGGAUUGCUCCCCUGGUGUGCCACAAAACACCCAGGUUGGUCAAAGCUCUUUUUGGGCUCAGCAUGUGAGGGAAACUUCACCAACGUGAAAACCAAGAAGUGGCAAAGAGGACAGAAAAGUCAGAAGAAACCAAGCUACAUUGGACCACUUGAUGGUUCCUGGCAGGAAAGGCUAGCUGACAUUGUGACACCACUCUGGAGGCUGAGCUACGAGGAACAGCUCAAGGUUAAAUUUGAAGCUCAGAAGAAAAUUUUACGGAGACUGGAGUCUUACCUCCAGAAGCUCAAUGGAAUCAAUGUGACAACAUCUGCACCCAGAGUUGAGGGGCUAUCUUGUCUUCUCCAUCCUAUUAUCCCCUCUCCUGUCAUCAAUGGCUACCGAAAUAAGUCUACCUUCUCUGUGAACCGAGGUCCAGAUGGCAACCCAAAGACUGUGGGGUACUACCUGGGAACUUGGAGAGACAGAAGCAUCGUCUGUGUACGGUCUAACCAUCUGAAAAACAUCCCUGAGAAACACAAUCAAGUGGCACAGUAUUAUGAAGUAUUCCUUCGACAGUCCCCAUUGGAACCCUGCCUUCUGUUUCAUGAAGGUGGGUACUGGCGUGAGCUCAUAGUGCGCACCAAUAGCCAAGGGCACACGAUGGCCAUCAUCACUUUCCAUCCCCAGGAAUUAAAACAGGAGCAGCUUGGGGUUCAGAAGGAGGCUAUAAAGAAGUUUUUCACCACUGGGCCAGGAGCUGUCUGUGAUUUGACAUCACUUUACUUCCAGGAAAGCACUGUGACACGUUGCAGCCAUCAGCAGUCCCCCUAUCAACUCCUGUUUGGGGAACCCCACCUAUUUGAAGAUCUCCUGGGCUUGAAGAUCCGCAUCUCUCCAGAUGCCUUUUUCCAGAUUAACACUGCUGGUGCAGAGGUGCUGUAUCGGACAGUGGGGGAGCUGAGCAGAGUGAACUCUAACACCAUUCUCCUUGAUAUCUGCUGUGGAACCGGUGUGAUUGGUUUGUCUCUGGCUCAGUAUGCCUCCCAGAUCCUUGGGAUUGAGUUGGUGGAGCAGGCAGUAGAGGAUGCCAGGUGGACUGCAGCCUUCAAUGGCAUCACCAACUGUGAAUUCCACACUGGUCGAGCAGAGAAGAUUUUACCACAGCUACUAAAAUCAAAGGAAGAUGGGCAGGUCAUUGCUGUGGUGAACCCAGCUCGGGCGGGACUGCACUAUCAGGUGGUUCGAGCCAUUCGAAACUGCAGGGCUAUCCACACACUGAUUUUUGUUUCCUGCAAGCCCCAUGGUGAAGCCACAAGGAAUAUCAUUGAGCUGUGCUGUCCUCCAGACUCAGCUAAGAAGCUUCUUGGUGAGCCUUUUGUCCUGAGAAAAGCUGUGCCUGUGGAUCUGUUCCCCCACACCCCACACUGUGAACUGGUGCUCCUCUUCACUCGAUAAGCAGCCUCCUGCGGGACUGCAGGCUGUUAAGGCUGAAGUUUCAGUCCUUCCAGGUUUGGCAUCUUGCUACAUUGUAGAUCCUCAGAGCAUUAUUGGAGAAACCAGCCUUUGGAUCGAUCUCAGGACCCCAAGACCAUGACCCAAGGCAAAGGCAGAGGCCUAACCAUUGAGCCACCCAGGUACCCCAAAAUCUAGCUUUAAAAAAAAAGCAGAGUAAGCUAUAAUGUGAUUGUGGGGUGACUGCAUGAUCUCAGAGCUUCAUUCCUUUGGGUUUUCUAGGCUUUGAAGUUCUAGAAUACCCUUUAAAAAUGGUAGGAACAAUAGCACCAAUCAGCUCUCAACUAUGGAAGGAGAAUUGGUUAUAGUAGAGACACUGGGAAAGAAGAUCUUCAAAGAAGAGACUGAAUACCUAUAAUUGUGCUAUGUAGUGUGAACGCAGAAAGCUCCAGAAUCCCCUAAUGAUCCAGUAUAUACUAUAAUAAACUGGAGAUGGAAACUGA